GGUCCAAGCAGGUUGGAGCGGGUGGAGGAAGGUGUCAGGCGUGUUAUGUGACAGAAGAGUCUCUGCUAGGAUGAGGGGCAAGGUUUCUAAGACAGUGGUGAGGCCAGCCGUGAUGGACGGAUUAGAGACAACGGAAGCAGAGCUGGAGGUGGCGGAAAUGAAAAUGUUGAGGUUCGCUCUCGGAGUGACCGGGUUGGAUCAAAUUAGAAAUGAGACUUCGAUGGUUCGGACACAUCCAGAGGAGAAAUAGUGAGUAUAUUGGUAGAAUGAUGAGGAUGGAGCUGUCAGGCAAGAGAGCGAGAGGAAGACCAAAGAGAAGGCUGGUGGAUGUCGUGAGGGAAGACAUGAGGGCAGUUGGUGUUGGAGAGGAGGAUGCAGGAGAUUUACAGGCUUCCAUGGAAAAGGAUGACGCGCUGUGGCGACCCCAAAAGGGACAAGCCCAAAGCAAAAGAAGAAGACGGUGGAUUCACCAUUUACAAGUUAGGCAUACUAAUUUUUAAGGUGCCAUUUAAUGUACGUACACCCGCGCAGACAGACACGCGCGCGACAGUUGAAGCGUCGGCCCUGUAUAUUAAAAUGACGAAUAUGGUCAGUAAAGGAAAUCACAGACUUAAACCUCUGCAUGAUAGUAUUGCGGAUUAAGCCACAGCUAUAAACAUUGUUGCUGCGCGUCGAAUGCCGCGGAGAUCAUCUCUCGUGAUUGGUCCGUUUUAGUCACAUGCUGUGAUGACGUACUCCGCGUUUCUCUCGGCUCCACAUAUAACCUAUGCCGCUGCCUUCUUGAUCGAUUUUGCAGCAUAAUUAAACGUAUCAUCUGGUCAACUAGGCCCAUUUGACACUGUUCCACGGUCGCCAUUGUUGUUGCUUUGUUCCUUGUUACGGAAAGGAAAGUAAAACCGGCUACCGGAAAUGGCCAAAAAAUGCAGAGGAAACUCCACCCUGCCAAUACCAGCAGUAGCGACACCCCCGACUUGGAGAAGAACUGCAGUACAUUUUCAAAACUGCGCGCGUGGGUUGCUCUCGAGUCGAAAGGCAAACUGCGUGCGGGAUAGUCGCAGUGACGUUAGCCCUGCUGCCUUCACACUGCUGAUGGACCCCUCUUGGCAGUACGUGUAAUUAAGUCUCGCCCCCGCCUGCACGCUGGCUGCUCAUUGGUCAUUCGCCGAAUAUUCAGAAGUCUUGGAAGCAGCAAGUCAUUUCCGUAGUUCAUUGAAAUGUCAUUGAGUGCUUCGUGUGACUCUGUCUCUCAGAAAAGAAGUCUGUCGAGCCUUCUCGCUGGUCGUGUUGUCAAGAAACCAAAGCAAGGAGAUGGUCAGCAGCUGCAGGAGGCAGUGAUCCACUUGUUGGAGCAGCAGCAGGAUCUCUGCAGCCUAUUCAAGGAGAUUGGGAAUCCAAAUCCAAGCAAUCCUUUCAACACUGGCAUAGAUGAGCAAAGGCGGGUGGCCUCUGAAGGCAUCCCAUUAGGUAUUGCAGGUUCACUUUUGGUGUGUGGGUUGAGACAUGAGGCUAGGCAGCUUGGUGUCCCAUUAGCAACACUGUCAGCGAAAUCGGUGCUGGAGAGACUGAAGGUGAUUACUGGAGUUGAGGAGGACAGGACAAGGGAUAUUCUCACGGCUUCUCAGAGAGUCCAGCUGUGUGUCCUGCUGGAGUCUGUCAGAGAACUGCUUGCUCAUGGAGCCAUCUGCCCCAAGGGACUCUGGCAGGAGUACAGGAAGUAUCAGAAACUACCAAAUCUGCAUGUGGUGUACCUACUUCAGUUUUGCAAUAUCCUCGACUUGAAAGAUAUUUUUGAAAGUGAUGAAGGUGUGAGGUCGUGGUUGGUGCCACAGCUGAAGGCUCUGUGUAAAUGGACACCUCCUCUGGAAGAAAAUGAAGCCAUGCAAGCGCAACGGAACGUAUUGUCAACUAUCUCAGGUGCGUUGGUUGCUACGGGCUUCCAGUCAAGUCAGAAGCUCGACGCGGUGGAGAAGAGGUGCAUUCUGCUCUGCAUCUCAGCCCUAGAUGACAUGCUAUUCUGGCUUCUGGACGCUGUGGAUAUGAAUUCAGCACCCGCAUUAUCUGAAUCUGCAACUGAGCGAUGGUGUCAGCUAUUUGAUACCUCACUGUGUGAAGUUUCAGCUUCUCCAGACGCCCUUCAGCGCUUUUUCACCCACACACUCACGCAGACUCUCACUUACAAGCCUCGACUUGCAGUGUCAGAUGCAAUUGCUCUCCAGAACAAGUGGACCUUUGCAAAAGCCAGUCCAUUGCUCACCUCUCUUUUCCGUAGGUUGGCUGUGGUCUUCAGUGUGAAGCAGCUGCUACAUCACCUGCAGCAGGUACUCGAAACACAUGAAGUCAGCUGGAAACAUGUCCUGUGCUUCCUCUCCACUCUGCUGGUUUACAACCCUUCUGUGAAGCCCAGUUUGAGAGUACUUCUGUCCAGAUUGCUGACUUCUGGGUUUGACGGUUAUGACUUGGAGAACAUGAUUACUGCAUUCCUGUUGGCGCGGCAAGGGGCACUGCAAGGACCUGGCAUCUUCCCUUCCUAUAGUGACUGGUUCAAGGAGUCCUUUGGGGGGGCCAGUGGCUUCCACGCUACCAGCAAGAAAUCUCUGGUGUUUUUGCUCAAGUUUCUGUCUGACUUGGUUCCAUUUGAACCACCCGAGUACCUGAAGGUGCACAUCCUUCACCCUCCAUAUGUACCUGUGAAAUACCGUAGCCUCCUGAUGGAGUAUGUCUCCCUGGCCAAGACCAGACUUGCUGAUCUCAAGCAAUCACUGGAGAAUAUUGGUCUGUGUCAGGAUAUAUCUGGUGCUGGAGAUGCACCGGUCCAGGCUCUACAGGACGUGGAGAAAGCCUCAUCUCUUUUUGAGAGUACAGGAAAAAUCCCUGCCACUGUUAUGGAGGCCAGUAUUUUCCAUCGGACAUAUUUCCUCACACGGUUCCUUCCUGCUCUGCUGAGACCAAGAGUGCUUCCUGUGAAAGCAGACACUCAGAUGAGCUUCAUAGAGGCCCUGAAAAGAGCAGACAAGAUUCCUGCUGCACAGUAUUCAUCAUACAUGGAAUCUUGUCAGCGACGAAGACGGCACGAAAGGAAAGCUGUAUGUGAGGCAACUCAUGAUCCUCUCCACGUCUUAAAACUUCAGUUGCAGGAGCAAAGAAGGCUUGUUUCUGAUGGAAAUGAGGGAGAUAUGUCGGCUCAGCUGUCAAAGAUCGCCCACACUAUGAGCUUUAUCUUUCCUGGUCUUCCUGGUGACCUUUUGGGAAAGCAAGUGAUCGAACUGAAAACUGACCUGCUUUCAUUGCCAGAGCUCCACUUGCAAGUUGUUGAUGUGAUUUUAAGAAACUUUUGCCAGUGCAUUUCAGAUGCUUCCAAAUCACUCCCUCCGAAUAAGCAAAUUCUGUGGGCUUCAAGGUUUGUGUGUGUGUUAGUUUGUAACACACAGUUCCUCUUCUGCCUUCUGCACAGACUUUGGCAUCUGCUCCAUCACCAGGGGUCCUUGUUGAGUGGCCCUCACAUUGCCGGGCUGGCAGCUCUUGUGGUCCACCUCGAUGCCUUCGUGUCCCAAAGUCCUGGAGUGCGGCUGAUUUCACUGAGGCGGCCUAACCCAGUAUCUGUCUCAGAGGCUCUUAGCUCAGCGCUUGUCUGCAACACACACACUCGCAUGCACUUUUGUGUCAGGUUCUGCGUGGCUGCCAUGUGCUAUGGGAUCUGUAGAGGAGACUCGUUGCCUCAACAUCAUCAGAACCUGGCUCCCAGCAGCCUUUAUAAGAAGCUUCUGUACCUCAUCCCAAGACUGUUCCCUGAAGCCAGAAAGAUAGUUUCUGAUGGGAAAGAGGAUCAGGAGGUGAACAGCAGUGGCGUGUUGAGUCAUGUCAAAGACACCACCAGCAACUGGAAAAAGACGGCUUUGUGUCUGUGGAGACAUCCUGCUUUCAAUCGGCUACAACACCAACCAAAAUAUCAGUUAUUCAUCACAGAAUGGCUGGCAAAUGAACUCCAAGUUGACAGAAGUAAAGACACCUUUUCCGACUCUGAACGGCUGGAGUACCAUCAGUGGGCGUGUCUAAACUUCUACCUGAUACGUCCAGAGGAUCAGGGCGGCUGCGGCGGAAGCAUGCAGAGUCUUUGCUCUCAUCUCAUCAAUGCGAUCAUGGACCAGCAGCAAAGUGAACAGAGUCAGGACGAUCACAGAGUCUCACAAAGAGGAACCUGUCUUCCAGACAUUAUCUGUAGAUUACAGGAGGUCAUCUAUGAGAUGGAGUUAAGCAGCCUAUCGGGCAGUCAUCCGAGCGCAACGGACACAUGUGACUUCCUGUUUGAGUUGGUUUCCAAGAGGUUCUCUGAGACAUUGAGUUCAUCUCACCUCAGCUCUGAACACGCACUGAACACGUGGAACAGAGUAAUGCUGGCUCUCCCGACGAUGUCGUUUCUUAAAGUCAAGGCUGAAGGAGACGGGGUGCAUCUCGACUGUAAAAAGCUGAUCCGACAUGUCAACGAUCAUCAGAGGAGUGCAUGUUCACCGAGCGGCCUGUUGUCCUUUCAUCUGACGUCCCACUUCCUGAGAAGCAAUCUACGUGCUAGUGUACACUGCAGUCUUGCGGCUGAAGAAUUCAACAAGACCUGGUCUCAGAUCAGUCAUCAGUGCCCUCUGCUGCUGGUCUCAACAGCGUACUGGUGGGAGCGCCUGUCUGUCGUGCUCUUGUCGCUAUGGUGCCGUCUGUGUGAUGGAGAGGCUCCCCCGGAACAACUGCAGCUCAUCGCAAAAAGUCAAAGCUGGGCCCGCAGUUUAACGAGGGGUCAGCCGCUGCAGAUGCCCUCGGCUCCAGCACUCUUGUUGGCCUCCGGCCUGUAUGUCGGCUCGCAAGGUCGAGCCGAAGGCAAGCGAGGUGUCGCUGAUGCUCUCAAUAUGUUGCAACCUUUGACAAACAUGAAACACAGACAGGUUUUAGUUUUCUUACUUUUCCUGUGUGUGAACAAAUACCUGUCAGCCCUCCUCUUUCCUCAGGAGUGUAGCCAUCAGAGCGCCUUAAACGUAUGCACAGAAGUCCUGACUGUGUUGGUGGAUUGUGCUGACUGGCUACUUAUCUUUAAAUCUAAAGAUGCUGAAAAAGGUGCUUACCAGAGUGUUACCUUGGUGACAUCAGACCGAUUUACUCAACUGAUGCCGUGGGCCUUCUACAGCUUAUUGCUUCAGCAGAGCACUGAGGUGCAGCAAAGAGCUGUGCGUUGUCCAGACUUUCUCAACACUGCUGUCUCCUGCUACAUCAGUCUGCUGCAGCUCCUGGAUGGCCCGGGCCCCUCUAUCACUGGACCCCUUGGAAGUCAGACGGAGUCUUGGCAGAUUCUGAGCCAAACCAAAACCUUCCUGCUGAGGGCCAUUUCAGAGACGUCCACUUCCACUCUCUUUUCCGGGCACAUAGCUCAGCUGGAGUCUCAGUGUGUGGAAUUCGACCCAGAGGUGGCAGCAGCUCUGUCGACACACUUGGACCCUCACAGGAUUAUUCCAGAGUAGUCUUUCCUCUGAUGAGGCAACUUUGGCUCAACAGUUUCACUCAAAAUAAAUGAAAUAUGUUCCAAAUGUUUUUCUGCCAUGUUCUUGAAUACAGUAAUUACUUUAAAAAAAAAAUAAAAAAAUAAAAACA